AUGGAGAACAUAACCACUUUAAUAGACAGAUUUUACAAAACACAUCCAGUUGAAAAGUGGAAGAAUUACGGAUUUUUUAACGAUAAAUACAUUCAUGUGAUCAAUUACCACUGGUUACAAUUUGAUCCGCCUCUUAGAUCCAGCUAUUUAUCAUUGGCACUGCUUUACAUCAUCAUUAUGAUUGUUGGAUGGACGGGAAAUGUCUGUGUUAUUUAUUUGUAUUAUAGAAAUAGAGUUCUUCGGACUUCGGGGAAUAUGUUAGUGGCCAAUCUUGCAAUCAGUGAUUUAAUGCUCUUAUCAAAAAUGCCAAUAUUUAUAUACAACAGCUUUUUGGAAGGACCAGCACUUGGAGACAUUGCUUGUAGAAUAUAUGGCCUAGUUGGAGGAUUAACCGGAAAUGUAUCGAUAUGCACACUGAGUGCAAUUGCACUUGAUCGUUUCUACGUCAUAAAAUAUCCACUGAAUCGGGCAUUCAGUAGUUUACGUGUAAAAAUAUGCUUGGGAAUCGUAUGGGGAUAUGGACUGUUCUUCGCCAUAAUCCCCUCCCUGAAUAUUGGUUUAGGACAAUACACACCCGAAGGAUAUUUGACCAGUUGCAGUUUCGAUUAUUUAUCUCCGGAAAAAGAAGUUAAGAUAUUUAUUUUAGUUUAUUUUUGUGCAGCCUGGAUUUUACCUUUUGCCAUUAUUACUUUUAGCUAUGCUCAUAUUUUGAAUAUUGUAUUGGCCCGUUCAAUGUCAACGAAACAACAAAGGGAAUCGUUUAGACACAUUCGAGAGGAAAACCAGAGGAAACAGGAAAUAAAAUUGUCUUUGACUGUAUUGUCCGUAAUUUUUUUAUGGUUUGCUGCCUGGACACCGUACUCUGUGGUAGCUUUGUUGGGAGUGUCUGGCCAUAAGGAAUUGAUUACACCAAUAUGUUCGAUGAUUCCAGCUUUAUUUUGCAAAACAGCUAGUGCCAUAGAUCCUUAUGUCUACGCACUGUCACAUCCAAAAUUUAAAGAAGAACUGUUCGCAAUGUUUAAAAGGAGUAAAACCAAAACCUCGAGCAAGAUCACCACCAUUUCCAAACGCCCCAAAAAGAUCGCCGUAGAAGUAAAUGACGAAAUUUCAGAGGUGGAAAACAUAGAAUUAAUAUCGAUUCCGGGAUUUACGUCACAAAAAGAACCACCAGUAUCUAGCAACAUUGACACGGGAGAGAACUUAAGAAAAUGUCACAAGAACUUCAGUAUAACCGAGAUGAUUUGCUUCAGGCCCACCUUCAGUAACAAAUCGACGAGCAUUAGGAGAAUCGCAAGGAGGUGGUCACUAAAACAAUAAACCAAUAUUGCUUUGUUUCGAAAAUUCUUCAAUACUUCACUUAUUGUCAUUUUAAUUAGCUCUUUCUUAAUGUUGAAAUAUAUGCCAAAAAUAAAAUUUUAGAAGUAA